GACGUCAUAAGGCACAACCUGGUUGGAUUUAAUUGUGGCCCAUCUGUCGUUUAGUCAUUUCAAGUUUGUGUAAUGUAUUGCGGAAUUAUCCAUCCGUAGGCCUAUUUCUUGCAUUUGUGUUUCUACUGUCAUACUUCAUUUCGUAGUGAGUAAACUCUGGCUCAAAGAAACAACAAACUAAUGGCUCAACCACCUGGAACAUUUGGGAGUGGCACGGGAUACCCGCCUCCCUAUUUGAAUCAUCAUAAUGUCCACUAUGUUGCGGCGAGUAAUAAUCGCAUUCCAAAACAAACCCCAAUCACUGACGAUUAUGAGAUUUCUAGUACAGUAUUAGGUUUAGGUAUCAACGGUAAAGUUGUACAAUGUACAAGUAGAUGUGACGGCAAAAAAUAUGCGCUCAAAGUAUUACUCGAUAGUCCAAAAGCCCGACGUGAAGUUGAAUUGCAUUGGCGCGCAAGCGGUUGUAAACACAUUGUAAAUAUAAUAGAUGUGUAUGAAAAUUCAUACAGCGGAAACAAAUGUUUACUUGUCGUGAUGGAAUGCAUGGAAGGUGGCGAACUAUUCCAACGUAUACAAGAUCGUCAGGAUGGCGCAUUUACAGAGCGCGAAGCGGCUCAGAUAAUGCAUGAAAUUUGUGUAGCUGUACAUUAUUUGCACAGUAUGAAUAUUGCACAUCGUGAUUUAAAACCCGAAAAUCUUUUGUAUACUACACCGGAUGCAAAUGCAAUAUUAAAGCUGACAGAUUUCGGAUUCGCGAAGGAGACAUUUGCCAAAGAUACGUUACAAACCCCGUGCUAUACCCCAUAUUAUGUUGCACCUGAAGUGCUAGGGCCCGAGAAGUAUGAUAAAAUUUGUGAUAUAUGGUCGUUAGGAGUUAUCAUGUAUAUAUUAUUAUGUGGCUUCCCACCAUUCUAUAGUAAUCAUGGUUUAGCUAUAUCACCGGGAAUGAAAAAGCGAAUACGUACCGGGCAAUAUGAUUUCCCUUUGCCUGAAUGGAAAAAUGUUAGUCAAGGAGCUAAAGAUCUGAUUAAAGGGAUGCUGAACGUAGAUCCUGCGAAACGUUUAACGAUUGAAGAAGUAAUGCGAAACAAAUGGAUAGCGCAAUAUACUAUGGUGCCUCAAACACCAUUGCAUACUGGCCGCGUUUUACGCGAGGGUGAAGACACUUGGCCUGAAGUACAAGAAGAAAUGACACGAUCGCUUGCAACAAUGCGUGUUGAUUAUGAUCAGAUGCAUAUUAAAACCCUGGACAAUUCCAACAAUGCACUAUUAAAUAAACGACGGAAGAGAGUGGUAGAUUAAUUAAGUGCAAAUAGUCCAACUUCCAUUCAUCAGGACGCAAGUACGUACGUAUGAAGAGGAACGAAAAUUAUAAUGUCAAAUGUAGUCUCGCGAUUCGAUAUUGGAUCAUUCUGACAGCAACAAUAAGUAUCACUUUCGGUUGAAUAACAGAAAAUGCGGAAUUUCUGUUACUUCACAUUGAUUUUUUAAGGUGGUCGAACAUAGUUUGCAGAUUCAUAUUUUUGUAGGAGAUUUAAGCAAAAUUUCACUAACCAGGUCUAACAUUCUCAGGCCAUUUUUAAAUGUACGGGGAAUCUACCCAAUUUUGGUUAGCAAUUCAUAAUAAUAUAUUGAGGAGGCAUACUGUUGUUCUGCUAAGUUAUCUAUAGAAAUGUAUAUCAAAGUAAUAUAGGUAUUCAUUGUUCCACUUAUUGACACUAAGAUAGAAAUCCAAGACAAAAUUACAAAGAUCGGGAUUUCAAAGAUUAUGCAGAAAUUUUCGGCACUUUGAAGUUGGCAUCUGUAACGGUUCAUAGUUAAUCAUACAGUAGAAACCGAAGUGCUAACUGUCGUCGCCAUUUUUAGCAGAAAAAAAGACUAGAUAAAAUAUUACGUGAACGUCUGCAACUUACUACUUCUAAUGUAAUCGUAUGUUGAAGAUAGCUUGGAAGGAAAUAGAAUGAAAGAUCGUAUAGUUAUAUGAUAGCUAUAUUAAAGCCAGAUAACAAAGUUUCUCAACAGACGUCCAGUAGUUUGUAGAUAAAGCUACGGAAACCAUAUUUUUUAGCAGUAUAUACUUAAAAAGAAUAUUUGCACGAAUUGCGAAUACAUCUGCAGGAAUUUUACCAUAUUUGUUACUUAUUCAUUUCAUUUGGUUGUAUUGCUAUACGUAUAUACAUAGGCAUAAAUAUGUUGCAAAUAUGUUUUAUCUGUUAUAAAUUGGUUCACUACGCAAUAUACACUUAGAAUAAGUUAGAAACGCCUGUGAAUAUUUUUCAGUAGUUUGACGAAUUUAUAAAGAAUGUCCAUGGUCACAUAUUUGUUCUUUUAGUUAGCAUAUAUAUAUCACACUGACAAAGGUAUGAAUGGAAGAACUUGAUAUAAGGAAAAUGUGAAGCAGAUUUGGAGAGGGCUAAAAGAAACAUAAAUUUGAGAAAAUGGUGGGGGAAGAAGUAAGGUGGGAAAAUCGAUUCUACUUAGAUAAAUAAUUGAUUAACGCAUAUUAUACCUGAGUAAUGUUAGAAGAGUUAUUAAUUCAUAUAUAUUUGUUAAUAUAUAUAUAUACACUA